AUGCUGAUAAGCUCUAAUAAUCAAAUAGUGGACGUGACGGCUACGCCGACGGUAGCUACGGACGGACGGGUGGCUACCGACGGACGGACGACUACGGACGGACCUGUGUCUGUGACUGACGACGAAAAGGCGAAGACGGUGGUGCACCUGAUGCUGAGCUUCCGUCAUCUGUGUGUGGUGACCGUGUCCCUGCCUUUGGGUGCGAUGGUCAUCUGCUUUGUCACCGCCUAUAUAUUCCAGCCCGACGAGAUACAUGAGACACAUUGUCGCGUAUACAACAUAAUCCCGUCAAUAAGCGCGAUCACAGGUGUGAGCCCGCAGCGAUACCUGUGGCGCAUCUGUGUGGCCUUCCACAUAGGACCGCGCAUCCUGAUCGCCUCAGUCUACAGGUCCUACUACUCGGGCCAGUUAGCUGCCGCCAGUAUACUGGACGCCAGUAACGAGGCAGUCAAGCGCCAGGGGCCGCUACUACUGGCCGCCUGUUACUGGCUCAAUCUCAUCGAGAUAGGCGCGCUCUGCGGUGUCACCUAUAUUUCUAACCGCGAAAAUUAUCCCGUACACGAAAAGAUAUUCAUCUUGUUCAUGUUGUGUUCGCUGAGCCACAUGUUGGCAACACUGAAGCUGUUCAAGCUGGUGCAUCCGACUAUGAGUGGCAGUGAGAAAGCCUCCUAUGCCAUCAAGAAAUUCCUGUUCGCGACGUCCAUCGCCUCCACCAUUGGCCUGAUGCUCUUCUUUGCGAAGCACAGGCUGCUUUGUCACGAUAUGGCGUUCAGCUGGUUUGCUCUAUGCGAAUACGUGAUCGCCAGCGCCAAUAUGGCUUUCCACGUGACCGUUGUCUUCGAUUUUCCCGCCGAAAAGCUGAUAGUGGCGCGCGGGUUGCAUUCGAUAAGCGGCAAAAAAACGAACUAACCGAACCAGUAUUUCAGCACACUCUAUCAUCGUCCUCAUUCUUCUUCUUCUUCUUCAUCGUCUUUGAUUUUCUUCUUUCUCUCUCUCCAUCCAACGUCCGUCUUCUAUUGCGUCAAUUGUUUAUCCUUGUUGAAAGAAAAGGUGAGAAUUGUUUGGAAUUGUCAGUAAUAGGUGGAUAAUAUGGGUGAAAUAGGAAAAGGCUGGGUUCACAUUUGUGUGGGUAAAGUUGGGAGCUUUUUAUUGGGGCGGCCAAAUGUCGACUUGGUUAUAGAUGGCCCUGGGAGUAAGUAAGUGAAAAGUGAAAUUCAGUUACGUUACUGUAAUGAAAACACAAGUUUAAAUUGUCAACCACUUUUUAUAAAGUGGUUGACCACAUAGAAAGUGGUUGACAAUUUAAAUUUGUUUUUCAUUACCGUAUGGAAAAGUACCACAACAUAACUGUUACGUUACUGUAAUGUAUUCAGUACUUUAUUUUUUAUACCAGUACUUUCAAUACAAAUUAUUUAGGAAGAAAACCAGAAAAGUCAUUAACUAUUUCUCUCCCAAAUUAAGAUAAUUUAUUCAAUAAGGUCAGAUUUACUUUUCACCAUUCAACACAUUCUCCAGUCCAAAAAUGUUCAAUUUAUUCUAAUAAUUUAAAUGAUUCUAUGAGAAAUAGUUAGUUUUUCUUCCUUUGGAAGAUACUUAAAAUGUAUUGUCAAUAAUUAUUUUAACUCAUAAAAUAAUGGUGCAGAUUUUAGGAAAAGGUUCUUUCAACACUACAGCCCAAUAUGAGCUUUGACCGCCUCCACUACAGCUCUCCACGCUUCUCGGUCCUCUGUUAAUUAUCUCCAUCCUCUAUAUCCCAUUUUUUUGAGAUCGUCUCUCACUUCAUCUUCCCACCUUAUUCUCGGCCUUCCUCUCUUUCUUCUUGAAUGUAGCCUCUCCUUGGAUAUUAUUUUAGGAAAAUGUUACCAACAAUUAACCAAUUUACAUAAUUUAACAUAAAGACUCCAUCAUAAUGUGGAAUUGAAACUAUAUUAAAACCUCUCUAGACCUCGAUUAAAAAUAGUCUAGUGAAAUCCACUUCAGAAUGUCUGAAUGGGAAGAGUUGAUAAGUGGAUCUCACCCUAGAAAUUCCUAUUUAAUAGUAAAAUUAAUAUUCUCAUUCAACAUGAGCCACUAAACCAAUGUUUUUAUUGAUUCAUACAAUGAGUGCAUCAUUAAAAUGAUAGGGAGAGAAAAAAUAAGGUAACUUUGUGCUAUUCCUCUCCCAAAUUUAGAUAAGGUUACACAUAGUCCGAAAUGGAACCUUUUAUUCUGUUGUUUGGUGAAUUUUAUAUAGAUUAUUGUGGUGCUAUUCAUUUCAUGCUCUUGGAGAACUUUUCUUAUUUUACUUUAGCACUUGAGACUCUUCAUCUAAUACAAGAACAAGAAAUACUCCUGAACGAGAACGUCUAGAAUUUGAAAUACAUACUUUUCCCAAUUCGAAGCUACUCUAACCUUACCCACAAAUGUGAAUCCAGUAUAAAUGGCAACUAAUUUAUUGUUGGUGGUGGAAAAUUUAUUCAUAAACAUUAAUUCUUUAUUGCGUGUAGAAUAAUAAUAAAUUUGUAUUAUCAAUGGUCCUCGCGUUUUUAGAAAUAAAAAGAGACAAGCAAUACUAAUUGCUCAUAGGCAAUUUUUACAUUUCUAACAUUUAAAAUUUGCCCUAGUGAAUUUUUUCCUAAAAAUACUUCUUGCCCAAUAUGUUUCUGUGCUUUGUAGAGUAAUUAUUAUAUAAUUACUAUUACGCGAGUAAUUAUUAUGUAGAUGCUGUACUAGAGGAUAAAGUUGAGAAUGAUAGGUAUAGAAAAAUGGCGGGUUUAGUCACUUUUAUUCAAACCUGGAAAUUUUCGCUCAAUUGCUAAUUUUUUACCCCUGAUUAAGGCUGACAAAAAUAUGAAAAAUAAAUCAGAUCAUCAUCAGUUUCAUUAAAAAUGUUUAGGUUACAAAAAACUAAUGUUCAAAAUUGAAAUGAGAAUGAAACCUCUAGUCAACGCUGCUAAAGAAUAAUAACUUUUCGAUAUUUUGGUUUUGAAUUGCAGAAUGUAAAUAACUUUAUUUAAAGUUCCUUUGAUUGUACUUAGUAUGUAUUUUAAGAAAUUGUAAAAAUUCUGAUGCUAUGUUGUUUCCAAUGAAAUAGAUGAAUUUUAUAUUAUAUAUUUCAUUCAAUAUAAUUUUAUAAUAACAAUUCAACCCUACAAAUUCGAGACUAUGUUUUUUAAUAACAACGUCCCAUGUAAAUGCGUUUAUAUCCAUAUAAAUAUGAAUAGUCAUACUAUUCAAUAAUGAUACAUGAAGGUCAUGAUCCUUCAAUGUAUUCAAACUGUAAGUUUUGACAAUUUGUAAUUUGGUCUUCCACAAAGAAAACCAUUUAUUUUUUCCAUUUUAAACAUUUUUUUCUGUGCCAUAUAGUACCUAUGUUGAGAAUCUUUAAAUACUUAAUUCUUUUGGUUUCAGUUUUUUGAAUCAUUUAUUAUUUUUAAUUUUAAAUAAUUAAUUCGUCUAGCCUAUAUUUAUGUCAUGAGAAAAUUGUAUGAGAACUUGUUGGAAACUUCCGUUCUAGUCUAAAAGUGAUGAUUAAAAGGUGUGAUUGUAUUUGAAAUCCCUAGUCUUCAAAAAAAAGAAUCAGCCAUUACUACUUAUUGAUUUUAAAUUGUCCGAAAUAUCUAUUGAUCCGUUGAUUGCACUAAACCAAAGAGAUUGAUCACCUUUUAUUUCCAUGCAAAUUUUAAUUUUUGAUUUUGAGAUAACUAUAUUAUUUGAGUCAUUAAAUAACCAAUAACGGAUUCAGUUGAAGGUGACUAGAAUUUGAUAAGUAUUGAUAAAAAUAGAAUUUAUAUGAGAUAAAUAAGUGAACUUAAACAAUCUCAAUUUUUUUCAUGUUAAUGUUACACGUUUGUUAGGUACCAAAAAUCUAGUCGGGAACUCCUACCAAGUAGAAUAAAGCUGCGUUUACACCAAAGUUAUGAAAAAAAUGCUAAUAACUUAAUCCUUAUAGAUUCUGUUAGAUUGAACGAACAUAACUUAUCAUACACAUGAUGAACAUAUGUGUUUGUUAAGUUCCGUUCAAUCUAAUAGAAUCUAUAAGGAUUUUAAGUUAUUAACAUUUUGUUGAUAACUUUGUUGUAAACCCAGCUUAAUAAUGAAACAUAAUUUCAUUAUAGACAAUCUUCAUUGCUAGAGCAGCUUUAGAUUUGUGAUAUUUUGCGUAAACUUAAAAUAAACUAUAUUUAUACAAAUCAUAAAUAGGCCUAUCGGGAAUACAUUUUUCAAUUCAAAAUACAGGUGUUUUAUCAAUUUCUUUCAGUUUAUUGUACCGUAUGUUUAAAAUACAGUACCUAUUAGCAUUACCUACUAUUAUUACUUUCGUUUCUUAUGCAGGAAUUUUACAUGGAAUGUCAGAUAUAAUAGGUAAAGUUUGUUUUCAGUCAUGUUCCAAAAGUCUGCAAUGUCUUACUCUACAAUUUUAUACCCCCAAUAAAUUGAUUGACUCUAAUAAAGCCAGCAUAACUUCAAUUACACCACGGGAAUGUUUUAUGUCAAUAAAUGUAGUAGUAUCUUGUGCUUAUUUCAUUUGUUAGUCGUUAUUUAUGUUUCUUUAUUAUUCAUGUAUGUUAUAUAAACUUAUAAGAUUUUCAUCGUCAGAUAUCUUCCCUUUUCUUCCUUGAAACUGUUGAUUUGUAUAAUAUAAUCUUCCUUUAUUGCAUUCCUUUUCAUGUCUUGUUUUCAUACCUCUUUUAUUGCUGUGCAUUUGAAUCAAGAAUUACUACUUUUUAUCUUAUCAAAAGUAACUUAUUUCACUUGAAAUUACUAUUUUUUCAAAUAUGUAAGAAAAUUGAACAUACCGGUACACUCUUCUUAAUAAUUUCUCAUGAAUAAGUAUUAUUUGUAAAAUUCUUAUAAUUUAAUUGAAAAGGAUUAUUUAAUAAUUUAAUUUUAAAAAUUGGAUAAUAUAAUAAUCUAUAUUAUAAUUAAUAAUUUAUUUUAAUAAUAAUUUAAUAAUGAAAACCAUGAUUGAAUCAUACCAUACAAUUAUUCGAUGUUACCUAGUUUUAUUUAAUUAAAUAAAAAAAGCAUUCAUAAGUCGACUCCAAGGUAAUUAGAAUCAUUUUUAUUUUACCUUGGUGGACUCUAUGUAUGUUACAUUAAUAUUCAUUAAUAUGUUACCAUAGUUCCUUAGUAUCUUAGUCUUCAUUUCAUAGUUUCUAAGGUCUAAAAAGUUUUGCAAUUUAUUGAUAUUUGUUUAAUUUAUUUCCAAAGCUCAUUCGCGUUAUAACCUAUACUAUUUCUCAAAUUCUCAAUUUGAUUAAUUAUGCUUUCAUUUGUAUUAUUAUACUUAUUAAUAUUAAGUUAUAUUUCACAGUAUUCAUGUGUUAUAUGGUAUUAAUGAACUUAAACUUGAUAUGGUAGCUUCAUAGUGAUAGAAUUACUCUUGUGAAGCAUUGUAUACUUACUGUUUAUUUCCCUUAUAAUAUUGUUAUUAUUUACUAUUUUAUUAUUUUAAAAGUUCCAAACAGCUAUAAAAUUAUCUUAUGCAAUCUACAUAAAGUUCCAUCAGUUUCAUAAAUUUUCAUUUCAUGAAAAAAGAGAUCAAACUACAUUAAUAAUGUGAAAAACAAUUUCUCACAUAUCACAUUAUUUUUGGUCGAAAAGAUCGAAUAUCCAAAUAUUUAUUAAUUUCAUAGGUAUAAGAAAAGUGUUUAAUAUCAUUGGGAGAUUUGGCUUGGGAAAUGAGUACCGUACAGCAUGAAUGAACAAUUACUUUUUCUGAGUAUAAAAUGAUCUUCCAUAAGUCUAUCCAUUUUUACAAACUUUAUUACAGAUUGUGCAGCAUUCAGUUCGAUCUGUAUUACUAAAAACUGUAUUCUACUUUUUAUACAGAUUCAACUGUUGUAUUUAUGUAAUAUAAUACACAGUUCAAUACAAGAGGUUGUACAAAUAGUUCAAAAUUUGUUAUAAUCAUAGUUCUUCGUGCAGCUGUUUCUCGAAAACAACAUUAUUUGUAAAAAGUGUAAUCAGAAUGUAUAUAUAUAACUGUUGUUUGACUGUAGAUUGUAAUUAAAAUCAAAUUUGUAUGUGAUUGUUCAUUGGAAAAACUUGAAGGUAUUGGAUAGCUGUAUUGUUGUCGUGGUAUUGUUACUGAUUAAUAAAUGGUCGUUGAAAAAUAAUUUCAAAUGGAUUGUACUAUUUGUAAAUGCAUGAUAUUUAUGUAUACUAUUUGUCUUUCUCAGAUUCGAUGUAAGUUGAAAAAUAUUUUUGUGAAUAAUUUUUUCAGGAUUUUCAGUAAUACCUACUCAAGUUUCUCAUAAUCUAUUCAAUAUGAGUCAUUAGUUCAACUGUGAGUUCUGAUAAAUUAAUAUUUCAACUUCUAUUGCAGAAAAAUAUCAUUAAUUAUAUUGAACGGAUCUACAUUUUGACUUUAUUAAUGUGAGAGAAAUUUCAUUACUUCAUGUAGCUCAAGAAAUGAAAUUCCAUUCAUUGAAACUUUCAUAAUUAGGGCCGGUUUCCGAGCUCGAGAUUAGCUAAGUUCUAGACUUUACACAGCUGGAGUCAGAAAACUGGCUUUCCGAAACGGGGCGUAGUCAUAGUCACGUUUAAUAGUAUAUUUCGCACCUAGAGCAGAAAAUGAGAUUUUUCCGGCUCGAAAUCGGUUUUCAAGUCCGAGGCCGUAGGCUGAGAAAAUCUGAGGUAAUCUGAAUAUCAGGAAAUUGUCCAAGUAUUUUUAUUUUUUAUUCUGAUUUGUCUAAAUAACCUAAAAGAUGAUGUUCAAUUAUGUGGGAGGUUGAGUUUAUACUUUUUUAUUCUUCAAAAUGACAAUAAGAUGAUAUUAUUAUAAAUGUUUUAAUUAUUGAAUAAUGAACACAAAAAUAAUGUAAAGUUUUUUGAUCACCUUUCUUAGUUCCAUGUUAGCGGCUGGAAAGGGUACUCUUUCCGGCCUAGGCCGGAAAGAAACCUGUUCUGACGUCAGACGAGAGUCGUCUGCAAACAAUGUCUUUCAGAUCUACGUAGGGACUGGAAAAUUGCUGCUUUCUGUGCAGUGUGGCGAAAAUUAAAUUUCGAAUAACUAGAAAAUUUAACACAAAAUAAAAUGAAGGGAAAAUUGUGUAAAGUUUUAGCUAUUUUGAAUGGUUUAGGAAUGUUUAAUUUUGUCAAGCAAAACGUUUCCAAUUGCAGAAAUGGGAAAAUAAAGAUUGUCAUAAAAACUGCGACUACGCCCCGUUUCGGAAAGCCAGUUUUCUGACUCCAGCUGUGUAAAGUCUAGAACUUAGCUAAAUCCCGAGCUCGGAAACCGGCCCUAAGAAUUUUCUCUCCUAGAGAGCCCAGUUCUCAAUAAAAACAGUUUGGGAUAUUCUUGCUUCCAUUUUUCUUAAACAAUAAUAUUGUCAAUUCUAGAAAAUUCUGAUUAAAUUAUUUUCAUAAAUAUUAUUUGAUUUUCCAAUUUGAAUCUUAUGCAUUGUCUUCUACAUCUAUGUGUAUUUAAGAUGGAUUGUAUUUGAUGUUGUGAAGUAGAACUGUGGCAAGUGUUGAAAAUUUAAAUUUAGUAUAAUUAAGUUUUAUUUUGAAGAUGGAUUACAGCAAGAUUUGGAAAUAUACUGUAGGUUUGUCAUGAGAGAAUUGAAUGCUAUUUCGGAAGUAAUAAAAGCUCAUAAAUUGAUGGAAUCGUAUUAUGUAUAAACAGUUUGUACAUAAUUGGGAAAAAUGCAUUUCACAAUCAUACCAUUUUUGCAUUCUUCAAUACUGUCUGUAAAUUAUGUAAUUAAUAUUAAUACAUAAUAUGUUUUAUUUUUCUGAUAAAAGUACUGGAUCUAAAGAAAAGAUUCAAGAAAGUGGAUAUAAGGAUAAAAGUGGAUUAAAAAAUCAUAACAUCUCUCAUAAAAAUAAUAUGAAUUGAAAAAAUUCAACGCUAAUAAUCGAAGUGAAAAAUUGAUAAAAUUUUGUCAAAACGUGUCCGAUUCAUUCCUCCACUUAUUAUGUGAUUUUUGGUUUUUCUACAUCUUACAAACUUUUCAUUGCAGUAUAGCAAAAAUUCACGCAAUCCCCUUACAGUAUAGGAGAAAUUCACGCAACCUAGAAAAAAUUCUCUUCCAUUAUUCCAAAUAUUGUGUUUUUGUAGCGUUUGUUUCCAUAUUACCAUAUCCCGAAUCAACAAAAAAUCUAUAACGAAUAAAUAAAAACAUUUCAUUAACUAAGUAGUAUAUAAAUUUCAUAAUCAGCUAAAAUAAUUCUUAAAAAAGUAAUGUGAUUAGUAAAAAUAUCUGCGAUUUAAUAGUUGAAACUAAAAAACAUCGAAGAAAAUCAAUUUCUUCGAGUGUGAUUUUAAAAUUAUGAAGUCAAUUUUAAAUACUAUAUACUUGUUUAUAAGAUAUCUAUUAUCGAGCUGUAGCAAGUCUCUAUAUUUUUGCUGUGCUCAGCAAUUCGUCGGAUCUAUAGCAUGUUAAUUUGCGACUUGAAUAGUUUAGAAUAAUGUAAUUUAUAAUAUUGUAUACUAAAACUAAGUAAUAUUGUAUUAUCUCGAUAACAUGUAAAUAAUUAUAUUUUUCUCAAGCCAUAAUUUUUAAACUUUUUAAUAAUAUUAAUGUUGUAAAUAAUAAUCGAUUGAAUAUAAUCGUAAUUGUAUUGAUGGUCGAUUUAAUUAUUAAUGGUGGUAAAAUUGUGAUAUUCAACAAUUUUGGGCAGUUACAAAGAAUUUUUUUAACAUCAAUUAGUAAAGUUUUACUGUCAGUAUUCUUUAGUGCGAAUUGAGAAACUUUAGUAAUGUUUAAAAAUCCAGUAAAUAACAAACUUUUGGCAAAACUUUUGAAUAGAAAAAUGGAAUUUCAAAAUUUUUCAUUUUUGGUAGUAUUAAUCGUAAAAGAAUCAUUAAAGAAUUUUGUUUAAUUACAUAGGACAAUUUAUUUCAAAGUUAAAUUUGACUUUUAUUAGAUGCACUGAAAUGAUUUUAUAAAAAUUCACAUUUAGUCGAAAUAAUGUAUCUAGUCUCCAAAAUUGUAUUACUGUAACAUUAAAAGAAGUAGGACUUUUAACUGUUUUAUUUAGCUCCAAUUGUAUUGAUUAUUAGUAGUUUUUAAAUAUUACUACCAUGAUUAUUUGAUCUUUUUGGGAAAAAUUCAUUGUGCAUUACGUAUCAGAUGAAGUAGAUUAAACCUUACUUGAUCAUCUUAUUUACAAGUCUUGUACAAAAGUUAGUUAUAUUAUUGGCCUCUUAUUUUUCAAUGUUCAACUAUUAAUUAAUUAUUGUAUUUUUAAAAUUGAUACAAUGAAUUCCCACCUGAAAGCUUCCUAGAUGAACACCCUCCAUACUAUUAGUAGAGUCCAUUAUUCGUCAAUAAUUAGAUUAGUAAUCUUUUAUUGCAUAACAAUCUAAAAUGAACUGAUUCAAUUAUUAAUUUAGAUAAUAUAUUUUAUUGCGAUCAGCAAUAUUCAAACUUUUCCUCCUAGUUAGAUAAUAAAUUUAAAAAAUUAAUAAACUAUAAUGAAACUUUCAAUUAAAUUAGUUUUAAUUAUUUGAUUCUAGUAGAAUAUAUCUUUGCUGUCGUAUCUGUGUUGGAUAAAGUAACAAGUAUUGGUUUGUUUAUUUUGUGUAUUAUUUAAUGCUUUACGGAUUGUUGGAGAGUACUAAUUUUAUUGUUUUUGUUGUUGUAAUUAGUAUAUUAUACAAAAUUGAAAUGAAUUUUUCAUGGAUA